CGCUUGGCUCGGGGCUCCAAGUGAAGAGGCUGCAUGGUGCGGUAGUGUCCUCAGCGGAGGCCGGCGGCGCCCAGGAAGCCAGAGAGUCGGGAGGAGCCCACCUGGAACGGGCCAUAUCGUGGGGAAAGGGCCGCGCCUGACGUCCGGGGACCGCAGAUGGCAUCUAUCAAAAGAAAAUAGGAUCAUGGCAGCAGAUGAGGACAAUGGUGAUGGAGCGAGUUUAUUUGAUAUCUUUUCUGCUUCUCCUCUUAAAAAUAAUGAUGAAGGCUCCUUGGACAUAUAUGCUGGGUUGGACAGUGCUAUUUCUGAUAGUACUUCUAAAUCCUGUGUGCCAUUCAGAAACUGUCUGGAUUUAUAUGAAGAGAUCCUGACUGAAGAAGGAACUGCAAAGGAGGCAACAUAUAAUGACUUGCAGGUAGAAUAUGGAAAAUGUCAGUUGCAAAUGAAAGAGCUGAUGAAAAAGUUUAAGGAAAUACAGACACAGAAUUUCAGCUUAAAAAAUGAAAACCAGUCUCUUAAGAAGAAUAUUUCAGCACUUAUCAAAACUGCCAGAGUGGAAAUAAACCGCAAGGAUGAAGAAAUAAAUAAUCUUCACCAAAGAUUGUCUGAGUUUCCACAUUUUCGAAAUAAUCAUAAAGUCGCAAGGACAUCGGAUGCAAUUAGAACAAAAGAUCUCACCUCCAGAUCUCCCCAUUUGGAUGAUUGUUCAAAGACUGAUCACAGAGUUAAACGUGAUGUUUCUAAAGAUGUAUAUCAUCACACUUUACCGCCAAACCUGGAAAAAGAAGGAAAAUCACAUUCUGAAACACAGAACACUUCGCAUUUGUCUACACCUGUUGAGAAACAUUGCACCGAUGGAGUUUGGUCGCGUUCUCAUCAGGUUGGUGAAGGUAACUCAAAUGAGGAUAAUAGAAGAGGGAGGAAGGCUAUUAGACACAGCCAGUACAGCAGAGGAGUGGACAGAACGCGAAAAGACUCGAGCAACAGCUGUGGUAAUGGUGAACCAAGGAACACAGAGGCUAGUCCAAGGCUACAAGGACGUCCAGAGAAACAUGGUACUGGUGAACCAAAGACUGAAAGCAAAAAUUCAAAGUUUAAAAGUAGCACAGAUUCAGAUUACAAAAGUGAACGCAAUACCUCUUCCUGGGAGAAAGAGACGUCUAGAGAAAGGUCACACAAUCGAGUAGAAUCUCAAAAUGACAAGAACCUGGAGAGACAAAGUGAAAGAUCACAAAACAUGAAUAGAAAAGAAGUUCAGUCACAGGACAAAGAAGAAAGAAAAGGUGAUCUGAAACAUAAAUUGGUAAUAAAGGACCAGGAUCAUUGGAGGCGACCUGAACGGACCUUGCUUCCCCAUUCUAAGAGUGAAAUAAAAUCUUACAGUUCCAGUAAACACCAUCCAGAAGAGAGAAGAGGAAGGGAAGAUUAUAAAAGAGACAGGGGUGUGAGCUGUCAUGGAUUUCAAGAUGGAAGAUGUUCAUCUUCUCUUUCAAGCAGUAGAACUCACAAGCACAUGUACUCCAAGGAAGUUGAUGCUAUGCAGCAAUGGGAAAAUCUACCUUUCAAAACAGAAAGGCAUAGAACCGAAGAUAAGAGGAAAAGAGAACGAGAAAAAGAGGACAACAGGCAUAUGAGGAAUGACAAAAAAUCACCUACAGAACAUUUGCAGAAGACUGGUAAAGAAACUAAGAAGAUCAGUACUGAUUCAAAGAGACAGAAUGAGCCAAAAAAUGAUAAAGGUGCAGUCUCUAAUAAUGAAGCUUCUGAAGGCACAGAACAAAAAGAGUUUGAAGUGAAAGCUGAGAAUAGUCCAAAUGAAACAAAAAACAAAGACUUAAAGUUAAGCUUUAUGGAAAAAUUGAACUUGACUCUUUCUCCUGCUAAAAAGCAGCCUAUUCCUCAGGAUAAUCAGCAUCAAAUAUCUGAUGUUCCCAAGUCCAGUGGUGUAUGUGAUUCAGAGUCCUUACUAAAGGCUAAAGCAGUGACAUGUAUCCCCUCCGUCAGUGAACACAUUGCAGAGGAAACAAAAUCAGAGUUAUUGGAACCAAAGGAUGCUCUUCCAGCAGUGUCUGAACUCAGGAUCAGUGUUCCAGAAAGCCAAAUGGAAGAAGAAAAUAGUUUGCUAGUUAAAUCUGUUGAGAAUGCUAUGCCUUGUGAAGUGCCCAUUUGUGGUACAGAGAUUUCCUUCUCAACCCCUAUGAAAAUGGAACAAAGAGCAUCCUUAUUUCUAUCACCAACAGAAGUGGGAGAGGUCGUUGAUAGUUCAAGGUCAGCAGCUUCUGUGGUAGUGGAUAUAUUACCAACAGAUGUUUCUCAAAAGUUUGUCCUGGGAUUGGACACCAAAAGACAUGAUGGUUUGAAUUCCUGUGGUAUUUCUGAAAAUAUAGAAAUGGAGGUGCCUCUUUCAACAAAAGUGGCUGAAACUAGUGAAAGCCUUCAGCAGCCUUCAGUUGAAGAACCUGACAUUCUGUCAGUAAACCUUUCAGAAGACAGUAACCGCAAAUUUGAACCUUCUCUUGUAGAGAAUAAGCCUAGUCAUUUGGAGCCUUGCUUAUCUAAAGAGAUUCUAACAUCUUCACCAUACCAGACUGGAUUAAUAGACCACAGAAUGGAAAUUGGGGAAACAAACUCAGACUAUCAUGAUGAUGAGAACUCGGUUUUGAGCAUUGACUUUAAUCACUUGAGACCUAUUCCAGAAGCUAUCAGCCCUCUGAAUAGUCCAGUGAGACCUGUAGCAAAAAUUCUUAGAGUGGAAAGCCCAUCUCAACUUUCAUUGUAUAGUAACAGUCAUAAAGAUGUGUUUCUAUCAGAUUCAGUUCAUUCUACCUCCAAGAGUCCAUCUGAUCUCAAUAAGGAAAAUCAAAAGCCAAUUCACAAAUCUGACAAAUGUACAAAAGCAGAUUCCUGUAAGAUUUCAUCUUUAGAUGAAUUAGAAGAAGGAGAAAUUAGAAGUGAUAGUGAAGAGUCUACAUCACAGAAACAUAUUGAAAAUACCAAACCUGGAGCUUCUGCUGAAGUGCACAACACUAAGAUUAGUCCACAAGGUAGUAAAAGUACUGUGCAUUUGCAUAAAGACCACAGGAAAACAUCUGUAAAAAUUCAUCAGAGCAAUAGCAAAUGGAAUAAAAGACCAAGUCAAUCUAGUAGAUCUUCAAAAACAGAGAGGAAAGAUAAAACUAUGAGCAUUUCCAGCUUGGAAAAAAUACUUCCAAUUAUUGCUGCACCCUCUUCUGUAUGGGAGAUAAUGCAUAUGUUAAGAACAAUAGGCAAACAUGUAAGGAAAAAUUACAUGAAAUUCAAGGUAAAGUUUUCAUUGAUACAGUUUCAUAGAAUUAUUGAAUCAGCAACUUUGAGUUUUACAUCACUAAUUAAACACCUUGAUUUAUCCAAGAUCUCUAAGUCAGUAACUACUUUACAGAAGAAUCUCUGUGAUGUGAUAGAAUCUAACCUCAAGCAAGUUAAGAAGAAUGGCAUAGUUGAUCGUUUAUUUGAACAGCAACUACCAGAUAUGAAGAAAAAACUGUGGAAAUUUGUUGAUGAACAACUUGAUUAUUUGUUUGAAAAGCUUAAGAAAAUCUUAGUAAAAUUUUGUGAUUCUAUAAAUUUUGGCAGUGACAAUGAUCAAGGAAAAGUUGCAAAAAAAUGUAAAGAGAGAAUACAAUAUUCAAAUUGUCAGAAAGGGAAUGUGGACAGUUCCAGUAAAGAAAUACGGAAAGAAAAAUUACCUAAGUCAGAAGACUCUGUAAAUUGUAAGCCUUUACUGGGAUGUAAAAAACCUGAAGAAAAUCAUCAAGACCAAAAUAAUACCAACAUUAACACAGUGAAGCAUGACAUUAAAAGAGGUUUUAACACCUGCUUUGAUGGUUUAAAAAACUCUGAAUCUGAAGAGCACUCUUUGGACCUAAACUGUCCAAAUAUUUCCAAGCCAGGAAAAAAUGAAGGCAACACUAUAGAAGAGACACAGAUAUCCCAGCAUGCCGGUUUAAAGCCAGAGCGUAGUUUUGAGAUCCUUACCGAGCAGCAAGCAUCUAGCCUCACUUUUAAUUUAGUGAGCGAUGCACAGAUGGGUGAAAUAUUUAAAAGUUUGUUACAAGGUUCUGAUCUUUUGGACAGUAGUGUUAACUGUACUGAAAAAACUGAGUGGGAGUUAAAGACUCCAGAGAAACAGCUACUGGAGAGUCUUAAGUGUGAAUCUAUACCAGCUUGUACAACAGAGGAGCUAGUUUCAGGAGUGGCUUCUCCAGGUCCUAAAAUGAUUAGUGAUGAUAAUUGGUCAUUAUUAUCAUCUGAAAAAGGACCAUCUCUGUCUUCAGGGCUUUCAUUGCCAGUUCAUCCCGAUGUGUUGGAUGAAAGUUGUAUGUUUGAAGUGUCUACUAACAUAGCCUUAAGUAAAGACAAUGUAUGCAGUUCAGAAAAGAGCAAGCCCUGCAUUUCUUCCAUACUCUUUGAAGAUCUUGCAGUCUCUUUAACAGUACCGUCCCCUCUGAAGUCUGAUGGUCAUCUCAGUUUCUUAAAGCCUGAAGUUUUGUCAAAUUCAACUCCUGAAGAAGUUAUUAGUGCACAUUUUAGUGAAGAUGCCUUACUUGAGGAAGAGGAUGCAUCUGAGCAGGAUAUUCAUUUAGCUCUGGAGUCUGAUAAUUCAAGCAGUAAAUCAAGUUGCUCUUCAUCAUGGACAAGUCGGUCUGUUGCUCCGGGCUUUCAGUAUCACCCUAAUCUUCCCAUGCAUGCUGUCAUAAUGGAAAAGUCCAAUGAUCAUUUCAUUGUGAAGAUACGACGUGCAGCACCACCUACCUCCCCUGGACUUAAACACAAUAUGGUAGCUGAUGAGUCAUUGGCAUCUUUGCCCAGAGUUGGAAAGGAAGCUGAUGAAGCAUCAGAGAAAGAAAGUAUUUCUUGUCAGAGCACAGUUUUUAAGUCUGUGGAGGAAUUGGAAAAUUCCGGCAAAAAUGAUAGCAAAGCAACUCAAGAAGAACACACUUCUAUAAUACAAACACAAGUUCCAUAUAUAUAUGAAUUUCUUAAAGAUGCUUCAGGUAAGGUGGAGCAUAGUGAUGAAGAGGCUGAUGAUUGUUUCAAGUUACAUCAAGUAUGGGAGCCAAAAGUUCCUGAGAGCCUUGAAGAAUUGCCUUCAAUGGAGAAAAUCACACACUCUGUUGAGAAUCCUCUUCCCAACACAUACAUAGACCUAACAAAAGAUCAGGUGACUGAAUCCAAAAACUUAGGAGAGCUCAUAGAAGUAACAGUUGUAAAUAUUGAUGAUUUGGGAUGUUCUGGAAGCAAUUUAGAUCAAAAUACUCACAUAUUAGGUAAUUCUUUGCAGUCUGAUACUAUAGAUGCUUUUAUUGAUUUGACACAAGAUGCUUCAAGUGAGAGUAAAAAUGAAGGGAACCGUCCCGUGUUAGCUGUUGAAGGCUUAGAGUGUCAGGUGAUAUGUGUAGAUGAGGAUAACUCUAAGGAAGAAAAAAUGCCUUUGGAGUGCAUUGGUGAGGAAAUGUGUAUUGAUUUGACUCCAGAGUCUCCUGAUUUAUGUGAAGUGAAAAAGGAUUUAAAAUCAGAGCCACCACCAAAUUCUGAUGGUAUAGAAUUGCCUGGGACUUUGGAUAAUGCUCACAGGAAGAGAAAAAACUGUUCUGGUAUAAAUCAUUCUUCUCAGAAAAAACAAAGAAAGGAAAUAGACUUAGCAAGUAGGGAAAAGACCAAGAAACUUAGCCAAGAUUCUGGUAAAAAUGGUGAUGUUCACCGAAAGAAAGCCAAUAAGAAAAGGCCCCCUACAGUGAUUAAAGAUCCCUCAUUCUUGAAGGCAAGCCCUGGGAUUAAGGAUUCAUCAGCAGCACUCGCCACUUUUUCUACAAGCCUUUCUGCAAAAAAUGUUAUUAAAAAGAAGGGAGAAAUUAUAGUCUCAUGGACAAGAAAUGAUGACCGGGAAAUUUUACUAGAGUGUCAGAAAAGAAUGCCAUCUCAGAAAACAUUUACAUAUUUAGCCGUCAAGUUGAAUAAAAAUCCAAAUCAGGUUUCAGAGAGAUUCCAGCAACUAAAGAAGCUCUUUGAGAAGUCAAAGUGCAGGUAGUUGACAGUUCCAUCACAGAAGACUAGUAUAGUAAAUGACCAUUGUGCAGUUAAUGGCCUGUUAGUCACUGAAUAUCUGAGAAGUGGGUGAGAGACAUCCAGUUGAGUUCCUGCUUUAGUAAAAGACAAGUUGGAAGAUGGUUGCAGGCACGUAAGAUUACCUCACCUGCACUAGAGUGAGCCUGCUGCAAUUCAAGUCAGCAUGGAACUCUCCUCAACUUUCUAAUUGCUGAUGAGGCUAAUGUGGGGAGAAUCCAAUUGAUGGUUAAUAAUAUAUUUUUUAUACAUAAAGA